UCAUCGAGGGAUAGAUUCAUCAUCGAUUAUUUUGCGAGAAUACAGAAAGGAUAGAGAAGAACGCUUGCGCGCAUGAUUAAAAUUCCUACCUUCGGGAUUUCGUUUUGCUCGUUUGCUCGAAAUAUUCGAUUGGAUUACGUCGCGAAUGCCGAUUUUAGAAUAGAGUCAUUGUUAGUCUCCACAUGCAACAACUUGCGAGUACUACAGACCUGGCUUGGCAGUACUUGCGAUAUAUAUAGAAAUCUAAUUGUAAAUCACGUAAUGCAAGUACUAUUACAAGUACUGAAUGGCUGCAUAUUUCAAUGUAUUUUCAAAAUCCCUUCAAUUUAGUUCCGAUCAAACACUAAGCAUUAUUAACACUUUACAUAACCAAUAAUACUUUACAGGCAAAUAGAUAAGAUAUAUAUAUAUAUAUACAUAUAUAUCAAGUAAUUAUCACGUGUGUUAAUUAUAUAUGUAAUAUUCUUAAUGCUUCUUACCCACUUAGUCGAACUCUUGCAACUGCGAUGUAAUCGAUGUAAAUUAAUAAAUUUGAGAAGAGCCAGAACGAUUUUUACAACGUAUUUUCGAAAGCGCCGUCUUUCUGAGAACUUUCGCAGCGGCCUUAAUCGUCACUUCGGAUAACUACAAUUAAUUGCAAACCGUUUUUAUCCCUUGCACCAAUGUAUAAUCAUUGAGAUUUAACCAACCGUCGAGAAGCGACCCAUUGAAAAAAUCGAUAAGGACGUUACCGACGAGGUCGACUUCCGGCAAUGUAGGAAUUACAAAAAACAAAACACAUUUUCCAUAAUCUUAAAAAGAAAGUGUCCUCUUUGGGAGAAUCGAAGGAACGAAAAAGCGUAUCAACGUACGAGCACCUUCGUUUGAUCGAUAAAUUCUUUCAAAGAAGAGUUUUAUUCGGUAUAAACUUCGGUCGCUACUAAAUUUACGUGUCGAGGAGUAGGUCGAAGAAAAAUCAUUCGAGCGUCUACGGUACGAUAAUUAUAAAUAAACGUUAGGACAAAACAAGGUGUACUUUCUAUCGUUGGUAUGUGCAAUCGAUCGAAAUGGAAGCCGAGGUCGUAUUGUUACUCCACGAAGAAGAUAAAAUCCGUUCCAAGCACAAAAUGGGAACGUCAAAUUCCAAAGGAUGAGGAUUAUUGGGAGCGAUACAUUCGUAAGGAAGAAAAAAACCUAAUAGUAAGAGAUUCCUAUCCAAAUUUAACCAAUUUCCCUUCGAUCCACAGAUAUCCUCAAAGUUUAUAUCGUUGGAUUCGUAAUGACGACGACGCGAAUAAUGUCGAUUAUUUAACUCGUAAUGAAAGAAAAUCUUUCGCAACGAAUUUUCCGCCUUGUAGGUUAAAGUCGUUUACCAAAGAAAACGAUCUCGCGAGUAUUAGUGAGCCUAUAGUUACGGUCUUUCCUCCUACGCCAUCGAAACGACCUACUAAAAUAUUUACUACCCGCAAAGAGGAAUACAAGAGGGCUCUUGCUGAAGAUAUAUCAUUUCGAAAAGUAUAUUCCUCAAUUUUUCCUGUAAACGCACGUAAUGCUUCCAAUGAGAACGAGAAAAUUAAGAUAAAAACUUAUUUGAAAAAAAGUCCUUCUUUUUAUGAAAACGAACGUCCAACAGGAACGAGCCGAAAUGGAAGGAAGUCAUCGACGAGUCAAACCAGGGAGACUCUUUUAAAGGCCAUAAAUAAAAACGAUUUAGAAUCAAUCGGGAAACUCGUCGAUAAGAUCGAAUUGUCCGACGAUUUUGAUUUUAAUCGAGAAAGUUUUCAUUUCGACGACACCGACGAUCGUUUCGAUUUACAAUUUAGAACGACGCGAAACAAGGAUAACGAUAGAAUACAAUCUAAUUCAGAUUUAGAAAAUAAAUUCGAAUGCGCGAUAUCUGCUUUAACGAAACAUACCGAACGAAAUAAAAGAGUCUCGGCCGAUGGCGACUUCUUGAAAUAUUCCGUUCGAUAUGCUCACGAAGCAUUGAAGCGUGUAACGAAAGAUUUGCCCUCUGGGAAUUUGGGAAUAAACGAAAUGACGAAGAAGGUUGGAACAAUGGAGGAUUCUGAAAAAUAUGAAAAAAAGUUUAUAAACAUUUCCCCUAUCUCGUUGAAACCUUUAUCCAGUCACGAUCGCAUCGAGGAAGUCGAAGAUUAUUUGCCGCGUACGUUGAGUCUAACAGAGAAUUUUCUAAACGAAUUACCAAAGAUGUCGUAUUUUCCACGAAAGAAACGCGAUCGAUGUCUUUCGUGUUUAUAUAAAUCCCUCGAGGAGAUCGGCAUAUCCUCGAGAAAGAACGCAUACGAUAGGAGGAAGGAACGGGAGGAGGAAGGAAAGUAUCAACGAAAUAUAUCCGUCGAGUGCGAGAGCAAUGAUGACGUUAGUUUUGCCGAGUUCAAAGACGAACAAAAUCAGUGUGAUUUCAGGGUGAACGAGGAGGUUAGAUUCGCAACGGAACGUAGUAGUAGUGAUAGUAAUGGCGAUGGUAUAGAGGAGGCAAACAAAUUCGGCUUUCCGAAUAUACAAGGAACCGGAGAAGGGAGAACGUCCCUCAAUGAAGUUAAGGAGACGGAAGGAUGUCUGCCAGUUCCGGAAUUAGAAUCAACGAGUCCAAAUGAUAAGAGGAUAGCUUUCAAAUCCAUCUCCGUGUCGUCGGAAAGAUCGAGAGGUGGUACCUCUAAUUCGGACGACGACGACUCGAGCGUCGCAUAUAUGGAAUAUUCGUCGACGAGAUCGAAAUACAGGCCGGCUUGUCACGCACCGACUAUUUUGUCUCACACCUUGGAGCCUCUCAGAGCGUUGAAAUUAAAAAAGUCGACGAGUAUGCAAGCACGCAUGGCUUUCAACGAAAUCAACGACGAGUCGCCGACUAUCAUCGAGGCCAACGAGAGAAGUCGUGAGAUAGGGUUGAAAAAAAUCGGACAAACGACGAUACCGAUGGAUACGAAAAGAGGGAUAAUCGAGGAUGAUUCCAAGUCGAUGAAAAAAUUGAUUAAAAUAAAAUCCGUUUCGGAGAAUUUGAUCAUCGACGCCAAAGUCAACGUACCAGGAAAGGGAAAAUCUCUGUUGAGAAGGAGCUCCAGUUGUAAAAAUUUCGAAUGGACUUUGAGGGAUUCUACGAGAGGUACGUCGUUGCCGCCGCCGAGCUUACGCUCGCUGGCCAAGAACGAACCGUUGUUUUCGAAGGAGGAGAUCGAAGAAACGUUAAAAAAUUUCGAGAAACGUAACGCAUCGCCGACGUUAGCGUUGUCCACUCUUUGCGAUAUGUUUUUAAAUCGAAUUUUAGAGUCGAACGAUAAGCGAGAUAGGAGACGCGAUAACAUAGCGAAACGCUUGGUGAAAUUAUUAGUAGAAUCGAGACGUUAUUCGAAUCCCGAUAAGUUUCCAUCUGACCUGAUAUUUUCCUCGAAACAGCGACCAUUGUUGAACGGGCAGCGAUUAAGGCGCAUCCUACCCCUUGAUUCUUACAAUCUGAUCGCACCUUUGCUGGGAAUCCCUGAAUAUUAUCCGAGGUUACACAUGGCCCCUCAUAAAAUGGAGAAACCGAUUGAACCGACGAAGGAACGAUCCGAUAAAUCGGAUUUGAUCCAGGAAACCCUGGACGAUUUGAUAGUACACCCGCCGUCUUCGAGGGACAGCACGGUCUCGUGCGAAGAGAUCGGAACGACGCGUUACAAUCCUUACGGACUUUUUAUGAGAAAAGAGAGGCGCAAGGCUGUCGUUUGGCGUCCCUUGACGGAAUUCGACUUAAAGGGCUACGAUCCACAAGCCACUCUUCGCAUGAGAGCCGACAAAAUUACCACGGACAUAUGCAUGGAAUUUUGCGAUUGGCUGAGAAGCUUGGGAGGCUUAGAAAGAGACAUCGAUGAGAGGGUUCUCAAGGACAUGUUCGAAAUUAAUUUUUCGGCGGACGCCUGUAAAACGACACAAAUCAGUGUGAAAGAGAUGGCUACCGUUCCGACGGACGUGGCAAUGGCGAGAUUGUGUCACGAGACGAGCGUAUUGGCGACAACGAGGAAACAACUCGAGAGGGAUGCCAAGGCUGAAAGUAGACCUAAACGCACCUUGGCAUUUGGCACAUCAAUGCCAACCGAUCUAUUAUUCAUACCGCCUAGUAAUCGCGUUCGAGAAACCUGGCUCAAGUGUAAAAACGUCCCACGAGAACUCGAAACGAUGGACGUAGUUUGGGAUGGGAUAAUUCAUUUGGAGAGCGUGCAAGCUUUCGUUAAGUGCUUACGCAUGCACCCGAAGGUUAGCCCACCUAAAAUGUUCAAACGUGCUGUACUUCCGAAAACCGCCCGAAAAUCGCCGUUUGUCAAGGAAAAUAGCACAGAUAUAUAAAAGGAAUCUUGACGUCAAUCCUCGACAAUACCGAACAUAAAUUUAUGUCAGAUUAUUUAACGUUCGGAGAUUUCUAAACGAGCUAAUCGAUUUACAAUAUAACGAAGAAAAUGUCUCUUGAUGGGAUACCGUGUAACCAACGGUUUAGCUCGGAUUUUCUACGCGCAAACACGAGCAGGCGUGCCAACCAAUAAUACCGUUCGAUGACACGAUACCAAACGCCCGUUUCGUGUAUGUGGCGUACGGUUAACCCCUAAAGCCAACGUAGUAUCCCGGACGAUUAGGAAUCGAGGGUGAAAAAUCUACGAGUGCGAAACCAUAGCGUUAAUUUGACUAUUCACCGAAAACUAUCAUAAACGAUGACGUUCUCUCGCGGUCAGUGUAAUUGAUCUAUCACCUUAUUUUAUUUGUUUUUAUUUAUUUAUUUUUUUUUUCUUAUUCUUUUUUCUUAGAUCCUCUCCCCGGUCGAUCAAACGCAUUAAAUAUACCUCGAAAAUCGUUCGUGGAAGGAUAUUAACGGAGUAUCUUCCACGUUAGACGUGUAACUUAUCAUGGAUCAUCGUUAAGCGCGCCGUCGAUAAUGACGUAGGACUCCCGACCGUAAGAAAUAUCAAAAAACGUAACGUAAAGCCAAACUCGACUCGUAGCAUCUGCUUACGACAGGAACACGUUCGGGAUAUCGCCUUCUCUAUCGUUGGUUUCAAACCCGAGGCAAGAUAAGGAAAAAAUAAAUCAAAAAGAAGAACUCUUUU